AUGCCUCUGCCGCCGCCCGGCCGCCCCCGCCUCAGGCUGGCCCCGCUGCUGGCGCUGCUGCUUCUGGCGGGCCCGGCGCGGCCCAUCUCCUUCCAGCUGCCCGGCAAGGCGCGGAAGUGCCUGCGGGAGGAGAUCCACCGCGACACGCUAGUCACGGGCGAGUACGAGAUCGGCGCCCCGCCGGGCUCUUCCAGCGGCCCCUCCGCCAACCUCAAGAUAACUGACUCAGCGGGGCACAUCCUGUAUGCUAAAGAGGAUGCCACUAAGGGCAAGUUUGCCUUUACCACUGAAGACUAUGACAUGUUUGAGGCCUGCUUUGAGAGCAAGCUUCCUGUGGGAACAGGGAGGAUGCCGGACCAGCUCGUGAUUCUGGAUAUGAAGCAUGGAGUUGAAGCAAAGAACUACGAGGAGAUUGCUAAAGUGGAGAAGUUGAAGCCUCUAGAAGUAGAACUGAGACGCCUGGAGGAUCUUUCAGAGUCCAUUGUAAAUGACUUCGCCUAUAUGAAGAAACGCGAAGAGGAAAUGAGGGACACAAAUGAAUCAACAAACACUCGGGUUCUGUACUUCAGCAUUUUCUCCAUGUGCUGUCUCAUUGGACUGGCCACCUGGCAGGUAUUCUACCUGCGUCGUUUCUUCAAGGCCAAGAAACUGAUUGAGUAAAGGAACAAGUCCUCCUCCCCAUCUUCACAGCCCCAGCUGGACACUGCUGGAACCCAGCCAUGUCCUCCCAGAGCCAUCUCACAGAUGACACCCACUGACUGGAGCUAUUCUGCAGGAACUUGAACCCUAAUAGGGGAGGGGAGCAUAAACAUUGGAAGACUGGGGACUUCAGAAAUCCUGUUGGAUAUUAAGGGUUGGGAAGCUUGUGGUGGGUUUGGGGAUUCCCGGGUCAGCGAUUAAAUAAAAAUGAUUUUUCUAUGACAGCUGCAGCCAACUCUUGCACUGCCUGUUCUCCUCUUAUAA